GAUCACUCAUUUUUGUUUAAGAAAUAUCGUUAAGAAAACAGAGUUGCGUGGAUAGGAAUAGGAGUGUGUUAUGUGUCAAAUCGAUUUCCCUGUGCUGGUCGGCAACGAAGCUUCAGAAGGCUGUUGAGUGUGUGGAUGUGUCUCUAUUGUCUCUGUCAGCCCCCCAUUAAGCCACCCACCGGACACCCCUCUUUCUCCCCCACCUCGCCUCCUCCUAACUAUUUACGGACUCCUCCGUAUUAUUUAUAUCGUCAAAAAUUCUCACAACCGCUUCAUUGGGUCCAUAUACACAUGCUUCGCCACUUCUGCUGAUCUGGGUGAUGUUAAAGUUUCGAUCUUUCUGUCUGAAACUUGAGAAUGAAAUGGAAGUUGUUCUUUUCAUGUCUGGAUUGAAUCCAAUCUUGAAGUAAUAAGAAGGACUCUCUGUAAGUAAAAAAGUUCAUCACUCCUUGUUUCUGUUGAAUAUAAGGAAAUUGAGAGAGAAAAUCGAACCAUGAUUAAUGAAAUGGUGGAGAAAUGCUUAGAUUCCCAGCUAUGGCAUGCCUGUGCUGGUGGGAUGGUCCAAAUCCCACCUCUGGGUUCUAAAGUCUUUUACUUUCCACAAGGCCAUGCCGAGCAUGCCCACAAGUCUCUUCUGGAUUUCCGAGGGUACCCCACAAUCCCACCCCAAGUCCUGUGUAGAGUGUCUUCCAUAACGUAUUUGGCUGAUUUUGAGACUGACGAGGUUUAUGCCAAAAUCAGACUAGUUCCACUGAAAGGAGAUAAUGAAUGUAAUGAUGAUGAGGAUGUGGGGAGGUUUGCAGCUUCUCUUGAGAAGAAUCAAGAGAAACCCACCAAUUCAUUCGCUAAGACAUUGACACAGUCUGAUGCGAACAAUGGAGGAGGUUUCUCUGUUCCUAGGUAUUGCGCGGAAACCAUUUUCCCUCGGUUGGAUUACUCCGCUGAGCCGCCACUCCAGACGAUCAUUGCCAAGGAUGUCCAUGGGGUGAAGUGGAAGUUCAGGCAUAUAUAUAGGGGCACGCCGAGGCGCCAUCUGUUGACCACCGGUUGGAGUAAUUUCGUUAACCAGAAGAAGCUGGUCGCCGGGGAUUCAAUUGUUUUCUUGAGAGCUGAAAAUGGGGAGCUCUUUGUCGGGAUCAGGAGGGCAAAGAAAGAGACUGGUAAUGGUUCUGGGUGGAACACCCAGGGGUAUUUUGGUCAUUCUGGAAAUUGCGAUGAGGGUUUGAGAGGAAAGACGAACAGAGUCCAGGGAGAAUUGGUCGUUAAAGCAGCAUCGCUUGCUGCACAUUCUCAGCCUUUUGAGGUUGUGUACUAUCCGCGGGCUUCCACCCCGGAAUUUGUGGUUAAAGAAACUGUUGUGAGGGCGGCCAUGAGAGUCGGGUGGUGCCCCGGGAUGAGGUUUAAGAUGCCCUUCGAAACAGAGGACUCCUCUCGGAUUAGUUGGUUCAUGGGAACCGUCACUUCUGUUCACGUUGAUGACCCCGUCCACUGGCCCAAUUCUCCAUGGCGCCUUCUCCAGGUAGCAUGGGAUGAGCCGGACUUGCUUCAUAAUGUGAAGAGAGUUAGUCCAUGGCUGGUCGAGUUAGUAUCAAAUCUACCACCCAUCCAUUUAUCUCCUUUCUCACCCCCAAGAAAGAAGCUUCGCCUUCCUCCACAUCUCGAAUUCCCCACCAUGAGCCAAUUUUCGGUUCCUUCUUUUUCUCUGCGUACAAAUAAUAAUAAUAACAACAAUAAUAAUCCCCUAACAAUUCCUAGCAGCCCCUUGUCGUGUGUAUCAGACAACAACAAUCCUGCAGGCAUACAGGGAGCCAGGCAUGAAAAAAUCGGCCUCUUCCCAUUCGGAGGAGGAUGCAAAGACUUUGAUAGUUCAGAAAAUGACGAAAACCUGUCUUGCCUAUUGACAAUUGGACAGUCCAGCCCAAAUUCAAAGGAAAAGAAACCGCGAGAACUAAUGCUGUUUGGAAAAGCAAUUCUCAUUGAGGAGCAGCAGAUGUCCCAUAGCUGCUCAUGGGAAACAUUUGGCUACAGCCAAGAGAAGACGGUUAUAAAUCUUUUAGAUAAUGUGAUCCCUUGGAACGAGAAUGAGAAAUAUGUGUUUGGUUUGGAGACUACGGGUCGUCAUUGUAAGGUGUUUGUGGAUUCUGAUGAUGUUGGAAGGGAUAUUGAGUUGUCUGGCUUGAGCUCAUAUGAGGACCUGUAUACAAAACUGGGGAGUAUGUUUGGGAUCCAGAGGUCAGAGAUGCUAAGCAACGUGGUGUACCAGGAUACUGCCGGUUUGGUUAGGCACACCGGAGAUGAGCCGUUCAGUGAGUUCAUGAAGAAGGCUAGAAGGCUCACUAUCCUAUCAGAUUCAAGCAGUGACAACAUGGGGAAGAGAUAGCACUUAGUUUCUUUUAGCUAGCUGAUUAGUGGCUUGUAAACUGAAAUUACAAUAUUCCCCUUUUUAGAGGGAGAAGUCCCUUGAACAAUUUAUGUAGAGUAAAGUUUUUCAUGUAUUCCAGACCGUUUCUGCUAUAGGAUUGUUUUUCUUCCUUGAUCGUAAUAUGCAGUUCAUCACUGGAAUAUAUUCUAUCCCAGAACUAACUCUUUGUGGUCUGAUCUUCAUAUAUUAAAUGACAUAUUUAACAUCUCUUUUCUGAAAAU